AGAAAUUACGAGGAUAGCCAAUCGCGAUCUUCGACCUCACUUCCAGACCCCCUGCUCAAUCAUGACAGCGCCGUUCGCACGUCUGCCGACUUGUGUGGCCCCCUCCAAGUACUUCCUGGACUAUGUGGUGGACUUAGAUCACUGCCGCUUCGAAGUGAGCGAACGUGUGCUUCUCUCCGUCUCACAAGCGACGCGAAUCAUCACUUGCCACGCACUGGAGCUUCACGUGUUCGACGUCUCGGUCUCCAUCGCGGAUCGUUCAGCCCCCAUCAAAUGCAACGAGAUCCGCUACUUGGCAGCCGAUCAGACAGUCGAAUUUGUACUAGACGACGAGCUCCCGGCAGGUGUCGAGGCGGAGUUGACGCUCACGUGUCACGGAGAGCUCAACGACAAGCUCCACGGCUUCUACCGCAGCGCGUACGACCACGAACUGGCAGGUGAGACGCACCUUAUGGCUGUGACCCAAUUUGAGGCUUGCGACGCUCGCCGCGCCUUCGUCUGCUGGGACGAACCCGCCAUUAAGGCGAAAUUUGAGAUCUCGCUCUCCUGCGACGUCGAAUUGACUGCCAUUUCCAAUACUCACGUGGUCCAGACGCUCGUGAGACCUCGUGCUAGUAACGCACACAUCCGAACUCUGUCUCGUCCAAAGAAUUCGACGCUCGAGAAGGUCUGGAAGUUCGCCGAGACGCCUAUAAUGUCCACGUACUUAGUAGGGAUGAUCGUAGGCGAGUUCGACUCGGUGUCCGCCGUCACGAAAGAAGGUGUGCUUGUGUCAGUAUACACGCCAGUGGGACGUAGUGAUCGUGGCAAAUUUGCUCUUGAGGUGGGGGUUAAAGCCUUGUCCUUUUACACCGAGAGGUUCGGGAUCCCAUACCCCCUAAAGAAGAUGGAUAUGCUGGCCAUCCCGGACUUUGCAGCUGGAGCAAUGGAGAAUUGGGGCGUGGUUACGUAUCGUGAGACGAGGCUGCUAAUUGAUGAACAGCUCAGCAGCUUUGGACAGAAGAUGGCUACAGCGAGAACGGUGUGUCAUGAGAUCGCCCACCAAUGGUUCGGUAACCUGGUGACGAUGGAGUGGUGGACGGGUUUGUGGCUUAAUGAGGGGUUCGCCCGCUUCAUGGAGUUCGAGGCUGUGCACAGUAUUUUCCCCGACUGGAAUGUGUGGGAAGUGUUUGUUCAGGACAUCACUAUGAGUGUGGCUAUGGGGAAGGACUGCAUGCUCACAUCACAUCCAAUUGAAGUGAAGGUGAACCACCCGGAUGAGGUGGACCAGAUCUUUGACGUCAUCUCGUACGCUAAAGGUGCCAGCGUCAUCCGGAUGCUGUCGGAAUAUCUCGGUCGCGACGUAUUUUACCGCGGCAUUCACGAAUAUCUGGUUAAAUUCAGCUACCGCAACGCACAGACGCAGGACCUUUGGGAAUCGCUGGAACAGGCUUCGGGACAGCACAUUACGUCGCUAGCAAGUGGAUGGACCAGUCAGACAGGAUACCCGAUGGUGACUUUGUCCGAUGACGGCUCUUUAAUUCAGGAGCGUUUCUUGGCGGACCAAACUCUUAAGGCAAAGACCCAGGACGAUGUGGCGUGGGAUGUGCCUCUGACUUUUGUAGCAUCAGAUAAACCCAAGGAGAUCCAGCGUGUGGGGAUCUGGGAACGUAACGCGUCCAAGGAAGCCACCGACGCUUUGGAAGAUAAGUUGCGUGCGCCUACUGGUCCCUCGUCGUGGAUUAAACUCAACGCGAACCAGGCUGGAUUCUUCCUUGUGAAUUACUCUCCGGAAGGCUGGAAGCGUCUGCAACAACCAGUGCGUGAGAAAACGUUGGGCGCUGUGGACCGUAUGAGCUUGUUGAACAGCAUCUUCGCGUUUGCUCGAAGCGGUGAGCUGCCAGUGACUCGCGCAUUGGACUUCAGCUUCGCGUACGCUGAAGAACCGGAGCAUCUGUGCUGGAAGGAGAUCUCGUCCAACUUGCGCUUCUACAGUACACUGUACAGCGCUGACGCGUUCUACCCGAAACUACAGGCCUACAUCCGUCAGCUCUUCGCUUCGAUCAUGAAGAGACUGACGUGGGAGGCGACGGAGGGCGAAAGCCCGACGGUGGCUCCGUUCCGUCGCGAUGUGAUCAGUAUGCUCGCUCUAGGUGACGAUCCCGACGUGAUCGCUGAAGCGCAGCGUCUGUUCCAAGCGUAUUUUGAAGACAGCUCGGCGUUGUCGGCUGAUCUACGUGGCGUUGUUUUUAACGCUCAAGCUAGACGAGGUGACGCCUGUCACUUGAAGCUGCUGCGUGAACGGUACGAGUCUAGUAACUUCAUCGAGGAGAAGCUGGACUGCCUUACUGCGUUGGGUCUGCUCAAGUCACUGGAGCUCAAGCGCGAGGUGAUUACGUGGGGACUGAAAAACGUACGCUCACAGGAUAUCCAGUAUGUUUUCAGCAGUGUUGCGGCGGACGCACCGGGUGCAGAGUUUGCGUGGAAAUAUGUACAGGAACACUGGACGGAGCUCAAUGAGCAGUAUCGCCCGUUGAUCGUGGGUCGCAUCGUCAUGUCGGUGGUCUCGCGUUUCCAGAGUGAACCUCACGCACAGGAGGUGGAAACGUUCCUGGAUACGCGUAAGCAUUCAUCCUACACGCGGCUGUUGGACGCUGCCCUAGAGCGUAUCCGAGUCAAGAGCGCUUGCUACCAACGCAACCGUGACGAUUUGGCAAAGUGGCUCGAAGCCAUUUAAGUGCAGGCUGGUUUCUGAGGUAGAUGGUACAUGUAUUAACCUCUUCUUUUACUACACGUUUGAAGUACAUGUACUCAAGUACAUGAUUUGCUAUUGUGUAUUUUUUCUUCGUACAGUGGCAAUACGAAAUUCGUUAUUCAGGUCA